CUCGUAUUUGACUGCUGAACCAAAAUAUCGAUGUUUUUAAAAUAUCGAUAAUGUCGCCCAAAACUAUCUUAAAGAAAUGACGUAAAUGAACGAACAAAGCUCAGACGAACGUGUAGAAGCUUUUGAUUUUGACGUUAACGUCGUUAAUUUCAAUACUUGAAGUACUCUUUGUUUUUAAUUGAACAUUGAAUAAUGGAUAAUUUAAAAAACGUUUUACAGUCAGUAAGAGAAGAUGAUUUUAUUGAGUAUUUUCUGUUUCCACGUAUCGAUUCAAAUCUGGAAGAAGAACAGGAACAUAUCUUAAAUGUUCUUUUAGAAAAAGCGACUAGUGUUAUUGAAAAAUACACCCAAAACUAUUUAUGGCAUAAAGACGAGUUUAAGUUAGUUAUUAGAACUAGUAAUAGUAAUUUUCUGACUCAUAUCGAUGGAAAGGAAGAUUAUUUACCACCACAUUUAUAUGGAGUUUCCCAUUAUGGAGAUAAUAUUGAAGAUGAAUGGUUCAUAGUAUUUCUACUUAAUGAAAUAACUAAGCAGCUUCCAGAUAUCAUAGCUAAAGUUUAUGAUAUUGAUGGAGAAUUUCUUUUAAUAGAAGCAGCAGACUUCUUACCAUCCUGGGCCAAUCCGGACUGUUGUACUAAUAGGGUUUAUAUUAAAGAUGGAAACAUACAUUUACUUCAACCUUCAGACAUUGAUCAUCCUGAUAUAUCAGUUGAUGAAGCUUUACAAGAGAUUUGGUCCCAUUCCUCUGGUACAGUUGCUGACUCAGAUAUUCAGAAUUCAAUAAAAAAUAAACUUAGCAUCUUCCCAGGAAAUCUAAAAGAUAGUUUUCAUCAUACUAAAAUCUAUGUACCUACAGCAGUUGCUGCCAUCCUUAAACAAAACCCGAUGCUAAUUAGUGCUGCUGUACAGGCCUUUUGUAAUAGAGAUUCCAUAGAUAUGAAAGCUUGCCGUGCCAUGAAAUAUUUCCCUCCAGAGCAAAGAGUCGCAACAAGAGUGAAAUUCACUAAAUGCCAGUACGCAAUGCUGUCUCACAGUAAAUAUAUUCCAGAUAGGAAAAUAGGAUGGAACCUGCCUCCAGCCAACAACCAGGAUUACAAACAGCAAAUUUUAGGAGUAAAAGUAGCCUGUGGUUUUGAAAUUCUCAUUUCGCAGGCCAAGCCCAGCAAAGAUGUUGAAGGAGAGCGAGCUUGGGAACAGUAUUUUAAGACUUUAAAAGAAAAAGGAUAUUUUAAUGGACUUUUAGAGGGUUCCAAAGACUACAAUAACCUUCUAAAUAAGGCCAAAGAGUAUUACAUUGAGCACAGGGAUUCUAUGCAUUAUAACCCACCAAUCGGUCAAGAAAUCUUAAUGCUUUUGAGGAACACAGAUGUAAAUUUUGAAAAACUGCAAGAGGAAUCACAAAAUUUGGCCCAGGAUGAUGACGAUUCUUGGUUAAGUAUUAGUCCGGAGGAACUUGACAAAAUGUUGCAGGAAAAAUAUGGACAGAAGAAAAUAUUUAAGGUGGAUGAAUCAACAGAACCGGAUAGUUUUGCUCAGAAAAUUAACAGUUUCUUAAACCACGUUUCGACAGUUGAUGGGGCCGAAUUUCCUGAUAAUAGUGACAAGGAAAGUCCUGUUAGACCUCCCAGAAGCAAAAAGGGUAGUAAAAAAGGAGUUUCGUUUGCUUCAGAGAAUGGAUCUCCUGCAGUGAAUGUUGACAAUCAGAACGAAGUAAUUUUCGAUCCAAAUUCUUUUGCCAGUGCCAUAGAGAACAUUCUCAAUUUAGUUAUACCAGAAGAUAAUUCAUGGGACUUGGACUCCGACUCUGAAAUGAGUGAAUACGAAAACGACGAUUUCGUGAAAAAUGCUAAUAUGAACUCUGACGAUGCCAACAAGGAAAAAUCGAAAAUGAUAUCUUACAUGGAACAAAUGGACUUAGAACUAGCCGGUACGACGAUCGGUCAGAGUUUUGAAAAAAGACACGCAUCAAAGGAUUCCGGUUUCGAAGAUGUAGAGAAACCUGUCGAUGUAGAUGCGAAUGCAUUGAAAAAUCUUUUGGAGAGUUACAGAUCUCAACUGGGUGAGGCUGGACCUUCCAGUAAUAUAUUGGGUUCCAUGGGCGUACACAUGGAUCCCAAAAAAUAAUUUUUCAUCAGAAAAAUAAAUAUUUUGAUCUCUUUAUAUGGAGUGACUUCAAGGGUAUUAUAAUGCUAAUGUGUUAAGUUAUUUAGAAUUUUAUACAUAGAGUAAGUUGAAAUGUAUUGUAAAGGUAUCAACCUUAAUAAUUGUCCAGGGUAGGAAUAAAUAUACAGGAUGUGCCAAAAAGCUUGUAACAAACGGGAAAAUUUUUAUUGAGUUUUUUAAAAAAGUUUAUGUUAAGUUUCUUGAGUUUUCCGCAGCUUACAGAUUGUCCCAAAUAAAUAGAGAAUAUCAAAG